GGGCGGGCCUGGCUCAUCGCAUGAGCCGACUGCGGAUCGCUGCCUCGAAGUCUGGAGCCAUUGACAAGUCAUCAGCCCCAAGCCUCGCUUGGCACGCCAAUCGAUGCUUGGCCUGAACCUUGAACGGAGCCCGCAGAACGUGCCAAGCGAUGACCACCGCGUUUAGGCUGUGGCCUCUGCGUGGCUGAGGUGCGAGGAGACGCAGCCAUUGAUUGGCGGGGUCGCAAAGCCAUCGCGAAGGUCCUGAUGUGGUAAGGAUGGCGGACAGGGGAGCGAAAUUUUGGUGAACACGCGCCCACAUAUAACAACAAAACGGGACCGCCCACCAUGCGGCUCGUCGAUUCUGGUGAGUUGCUUGUCUUGACGACAGUCUUCCUUUCGAGCUGUCCAACAUUGAUCUCGGACCAAAUACAACCAUCGUCAUGACGGCCCCUUACAUCGUAGGCGACUCGUCGCCGUUUCUGAAACGCGUCCUGAUCCCGUUCUGGAUCAUCCGCAUCCUCAUCAUGAUUGUCCAGAUCGGGAUCUACGCCCUUCUUGUCGCUGGCCUGGGCGUCUUCAGGGACGACAUCGAGCGGCUGUACGCUCAGUACAACACAAAACUCGAAUACAACGCGGUAUUGGCCGUGUCGUGCAUCAUCAUGGCCAUCGUCCUGCUAUGUCUGAUCCUCGACCUCGUGUGCAUCAUCAAGCGCGCGCGGAGGACGCUCAGUCCGGGCUUCUUUCUGGGGGUCAACAUCACCCAGAGCAUCUUCUACGUGGUGAACUUCAUCCUGACCAUGAUCGGCGCCCGCAACGGCGCCAUCGCCAUCGUCAUCAGCGUCGUCAUCCUACUAUCCUUCCUCGGCCUGCUCAUCUACGCAAGCGUCGUCUACCACCAGUACCGCAAGGGCACCCUGCGCGGCGCCUACGCGCCCGCCAACAACCCGGAGAUCCACAACCUCGUCGCCGGCCAGGGGUUCCCGCAGACGGCCUACCCGCCGCAGUCGUACGCCCAGGACUACCCGGCCAAGACGGCCUACUACGACCAGCAGGCUGCCGCGCAGACCCAGGCGGCCUACAGCGGCAUGGGGUAUGCGGCGCAUGCGUACGGGCAGCCAGCGCCGCACCCGCAGCAGCAGGGGUAUGAGAUGCAGCCGCGGCAGGUUGUCUAAUUGGAAGGGAGUGAUGCUUUUUGUUUUCUUGGUUUUGAUUUAGGGAAUGGAGAUGGAAAUGAGAGGGUGGGCUUGCGUUCUGUGUACGGCGAGGCGGGUUCUGCUCGGGAAUGAAAUCGGGCGUUUUUGGCGUUGCCCGGUUAUGGCCAUGGAUGAUAGAAGAGAUGAUAUGAUACCUAUUUCUUGCUGGGAAUGCGUUCUC